GACACAAAGCGAAUCCAAGAUGGCGGAGGCGGGCGCGGGGAGCCCGCACGGGGGGGACGCGGCGGCUCCGGGGCCGCCCGAGGAGCAGGAGCUGAGCCGGCGCCUCCGCCGCCUCUACCCGGCCGUCAACCAGGAGGAGACGCCGCUGCCGCGCUCCUGGAGCCCCAAGGACAAGUACAACUACAUCGGCCUCUCGCAGGGCAACCUGCGCGUCCACUACAAAGGUCAUGGUAAGAAUCACAAAGACGCUGCCUCGGUCAGGGCCACGCAUCCCAUACCCGCAGCCUGUGGCAUUUAUUACUUCGAAGUGAAGAUCGUCAGUAAAGGGAGAGAUGGGUAUAUGGGAAUAGGACUUUCUGCCCAAGGGGUCAACAUGAACAGGCUUCCUGGAUGGGAUAAACAUUCUUACGGGUACCACGGUGAUGAUGGGCAUUCCUUCUGUUCCUCGGGGACAGGACAGCCCUAUGGCCCUACAUUCACAACUGGAGAUGUCAUCGGUUGCUGUGUCAACCUCAUCAACAAUACCUGCUUCUACACAAAAAAUGGCCACAGUUUAGGUAUAGCCUUUACAGACCUCCCUUCAAACCUGUACCCUACGGUGGGCCUCCAGACUCCAGGAGAGAUAGUGGAUGCCAACUUUGGGCAGCAGCCAUUUGUGUUUGACAUCGAGGACUACAUGAGGGAGUGGCGAGCGAAGAUUCAGAGCACCAUUAAGAGGUUUCCCAUAGGAGACAGGCUAGGCGAGUGGCAGGCCAUGCUGCAGAAUAUGGUUUCUUCGUAUUUGGUUCAUCAUGGGUACUGUUCAACAGCAACUGCCUUCGCCAGAGUCACAGACACUGCAAUCCAGGAAGAACAGACCUCAAUAAAGAACAGACAAAGAAUACAGAAGCUAGUAUUAGCAGGCCGAGUUGGAGAGGCUAUAGAAGCCACCCAGCAGCUCUACCCUGGCCUCCUAGAACAUAACCCCAACCUGCUCUUCAUGUUAAAGUGUCGGCAGUUUGUGGAGAUGGUGAACGGGACAGACAGUGAAGUACGUUGUUUCAGUGCACGCAGCCCCAGAUCCCAGGACAGCUACCCUGGGUCCCCCAGCUUAAGUCCCAGACACGGAUCCAGCAACUCACAUGUUCAUAGUACUGGAGCAGAUAGUCCUACCUGUAGCAAUGGAGUCAUGUCCACAAAAAGCAAACAGAGCCACAGUAAAUACCCAACACUGAGUUCAUCUUCGUCAUCUUCCUCCUCCUCCUCCCCCUCAUCUGUGAACUACUCAGAGUCCAAUUCUACAGAUUCUACCAAAUCUCAGCAGCACAGUAGUACGAGUAACCAAGAAACCAGCGACAGCGAGAUGGAAAUGGAGGCUGAGCACUACCCCAAUGGAGUCCUGGAAAAUUCAUCCACCAGGAUAAUGAAUGGCACCUACAAACACGAAGAGAUCCUGCAGACAGAUGAAUCCAGCAUGGAAGACAGCUGUCCCCAGAGGCAGCUCUGUGGAGGGAACCAUGCUGCCACCGAGCGAAUGAUCCAGUUUGGACGGGAGCUGCAGAUGCUGAGUGAACAGCUGUGCAGAGAAUACGGGAAGAACACAAUGCACAAGAAGAUGCUUCAGGAUGCAUUUAGCUUGUUAGCUUACUCAGACCCUUGGAACUGCCCUGUUGGUCAACAGCUGGACCCAAUCCAGAGGGAACCUGUGUGUGCUGCUCUUAAUAGUGCUAUUUUGGAGUCUCAGAACCUGCCAAAGCAGCCCCCACUGAUGCUUGCCCUGGGCCAGGCCUCGGAGUGUUUGCGACUCAUGGCUCGCGUGGGCUUGGGCUCCUGUUCCUUUGCCAGAGUAGACGACUAUUUGCACUAGCCACCAGAGCAAGAUGGAGCUGACAUCGUCGAGUGCUGCCCUUCACCCUCCGUUGCUGCCACUACAACGCCACCUCGUCUGUAGCCCGAGCUCCCACCAACACCCCCUCUAGCACACACACACUGCCUGUGAAAGGAUCUGUUCCCUCACCACGUGGCCGUUCCUGACCCAGGAGUGACUGGCAGACCUGACCUGUCUCCCCGCCACCGCUGCGGCUCCGGCGGCACUCAGUAUUUGCUGGUUAUUCUAAUGUAGCGCCUUCCAAUGUAGGGAUUUCUCUUUGUUUUGAUUUGAGUUGUUUCUCAUGGAUCCACCAGUAUUUUAUCUGGAGAGUUUUGCUGAGCUGGUUUCUGCUGAUUUACGGAGGGAGCUCGUGAAGUCGGUGACACCUUGUUCUCUUCUUCCCUCCUUCCUCCACCCGUGCACAUGCAACAUCAUCUCCUGUGCCAGUUACCUGAACUCUUCUCGCAGUGGCAGUUCAGAGGGAUUAUUAUUUUUUUUUAAUUUUAUUUGAAUCCUGUUUAUUAAAAAGGUCUCUUCCACCUCCA